AACUCGCCAUACCAGAACUCAAACACAGGAGCACGUGGCUGUGUACUUUACAAUAUGUAAUAGAUGACUCCAGAUUGACUUAAAUAACUAUCCAAGAUGCUGAAUCAAUCAACCGUUGAAAAUGUUCACUUUUUAGAUUUUCAGUAUUCUGCCCGACAUUAUUAAACGCAUCUUCUGUGCAUGCCAGCAGAAUGUUAUUAAAUCACAUAGGGUAUAAACACCACACCACGUUACAACAGGGGUGGAACGUAGAUAUUCAUUUUGUUUGUUUUCAGAACGAGCCACACGUCAAUUCCGUCACGGACGUCAUAGGCUACUCAUUGGUAAGGCCCACAGAUACUGGCAGACGGUGCAUCUACAACACAAACAUGACGACACCUGCAACGGAAAUAGUCUUUGCAAGACGUUGAGUGACGCCACAAUGCUGUGUAUUUGAAUGCCCGCCUCUCUUAUUGGGUUUGAAAGCAAAACCGCUGCCUCAUUUGCUGAGUAUCGUUGAGGACGUCCAUGUGUACGCUCUGAUCUCAUUGAGCAAGUCUUACAACACAUCUCCUUGCCAUACUGCGGAACCUACUUGCUCGGUCUUUGUAUGGGGUUUUGGUGGCAAUGAUGAAGACCUCGGGAAACAGUUAUGCAAGCGUAAAGUAAACCAGGAUAGUUUUUGUUAUGAUACUGGUACACUGACAGGCGGGUUUGCGAGAUGAAUGACAAAAACAAUCGUUUAUUAUAAGAUACAAAGGGAGUGUGACUUGACACGUUGCAUCGUUUUUCUGGGAUUAAUCAGAUUAUAUGUUCAAGACGGGAGACGCAGAACGGAAUACAAAAAAUCGCAGCCACAUGAAGGACAGAGACUUCAUGCCUAAUAUGGAGCGGGGGAAACCCGCCACAUAUACUGGGGACAAAAAGGCUAAAAUGGCUGCGAAGACAAAUAAAAAGUGGGUGAGACUGGCUACUGUCUUUGCUUAUGUAUUGUCUGUUUCUAUUGCCGCGAUAAUUCUGGCUAUAUACUACAGCCUGAUCUGGAAGCCAACAUCUGGCUCAACACCGCUGUCAGGAGGAGCAGAUGUACCGGUGACCAUCGCAGCCACCACUGAGAUUGUCACCACUGGCAUGAAUAUCAUCAGUAUUCCUCAAGAAAAUCAGAGCAUAACCGACAGUCCAUCACAAGGUUAUUUGUGGACAACAUUACAUGGGCGCGCAGGUGCCCCUUCGGAGGUACUGCCCCAGAGGGAAACUGGAUAUGCAGGCCCAACAGUCGUAUCAGAGGACGCGGCUCUAGAAAAACAUAGUGAUAGUGGAACUGAUGUACGAUAUUCAGCGACAAACAGGACGCCCUCGACAACAAAAUCAGUUGGUACAGAAAUAGUUGAACGGACGUCUGAAAGCGCCGCCAGCGAGCUAAACUCCAAGACGCACGUUACCGAUAAUACGCAGUACAAAAAUGUCUCACUUCAGAAUGUUGACUCAGUUCCAACAGCUGGGAUUAAGGAGGCAAUAAUAGACGGAUCUGGGAUGAAUUACCCAGAGGAACGCGCACUCUCGGAAUUUAUUGUGUCGAAUACGCCUGAGCAGGAGGAUUCAACAUCGCCUACCACAGGUUCACAAGGACCCGUGGUCAGUGCCUCUUCGCAAAAUGCAGUCAGGUACACCGAAUUGGAAUUCACAGAGGGAUCCGCUUUCAUCUCAUCGGACCUCCAUACCACAGAGGAUGCAUCAUCUGCUAGAGCCACGCAGGUUGCAGAGAAUGAUCAAACUUCUACCACGCGAAGCACGGGGUCUAUUGUGGCCGGUGAUGAGCAUUGAUUUAUGUUAGUGCGUGAAAUGAUGUCUCCCACCUCUGUUCACUAUCAACAAUUAAAAAGACUUUACAUUUGUAAUUGGUGAACAAACUGUAACAUUAACUAUAUUAGAGAUUUGAGGCGGGACAUCUGUGGACUAAAUGCGUAAAAAAGACUGAGCUGUUAAACAGCGACGAAGACAAAGCCAUCCUUGACCGAUGUCCAAUAAGGUCGGGAUUUUUUUGGGGGUGGGGGGUUAUGCGCUGUAACAGGAGGUCGAAUGAAAAGAGAAACUUGUAGUCCCACUCAGGUAUGUGUACAAGUCUACAGUAUAACUGUGAAUACAGAAAGAAGGGCAUGAGAUGAAGCUGUUUUUUGCAAGAGAGCACAGCACCCUCCGGCCUAUGUUGACUUUUUAGCCAAAUUAUGUAGCCUCAUUUUUAUGAAACAAUGUGCAAUGCAUACAAAUAUAGAUAGAAAUAAAUUUAGUUUUGAAUGAAUAUAUAUUCAUUAUAUACACUGAAUAUAAGUGCUCAGGCUUCCGCAAUAUCAAUAGUACAUACUUACAAGUUUCAGUUUUCAGUACUUACAAGUUUCCUCAGAGCAAAUAAUGUCAUCCAAAUACUACGGUUGUAGUUACUCAAUAUGUUGUACCAUCACUGUUUUUUAGUAAGUCAUUUUUGAACAGUUCUUAAUAAAAACAAAUGAGGAAUACAAGCAGACCAUUGGACUCCUUGGGUUGAAUUUUGAACAUUUCUGACAUCACCAGCAUACAUAAACCACAAAUGACACCGGUCCAAGAAAAAUAUCUUCAGUUUUCAAUUAAAUUUAAAAUUCAGGACACAUUCACAUCAAAGGAGUGAUGCAAUGAAAUGAUCUGUUUGUUAUUUUUUGCAGAUAACAUGAAUAGACCUUCAGAUGUAUAUGAAUGACCAGUAUGUAUUUAUGCAUUUGCAUUGUUGAAAUAAGGCAUGAAUCUAUCUGCUUCCAAGCUCCUGUCAUGUCCCAAAUUGCUGAGUUCAGCGUGUUUGUUAACUCUUCUGUUUAUAUCAAUCUGGGAGGACAAAUGACCGUAAACCAGUGGAAAACUGAAAGAGUGGAAGCCAUAAAGGACAAUAACACGUUUCAUGUCUUGUGAAAC